AAAAUAUGCACUGCGAAUAAAAUCUGCGAAUGCAAACCUGGUUUUAUCCCUAUUAAAACCGGAUGCGGCAAGAAACUAGAAACACCCAUGGUAUCUCAGGAGACAGGUAGAACAACCGACUUAAUCAACGGUUCAACUGGCGUCUUAACUUGUGACACAGUCUCAGGUACCGCAUCAUGGUAUCUCGGCGACGUACUGCUGUCGGCCACUACCCCGAGUAUACACAUAAAGAAAGCUGGAGUUUACAAAUGUCAAGCCCUAUCAAACACCGUGAGCUUACACUCGGAUAAUAGUUCUGCGUUAACCAUCACUGCUGUUGAAGGAAACACAUAUUCAAAGAAACAGACACUGAAAAUAGAACCUGAAGGCACAACAAUUUACCCUGGAAGAAAUGUAGUUCUUACUUGCUCUGAUGCACCGAUGGGUUUUGCUGGGAAAACCACUUUUCUGGUUGAUUCCAAACCUGUAGCUGAGAGCACUAAAUCGAUGACUACUCAAAUCUCUAUGAACAGCACUUAUAGUGGGAAGAAAAUAUCCUGCAGACUGGAACCGUUCGAGCAGAUUACAUUCAUAGAUUCAGAUGACAUGGGGACCUUACCAACAGAAGAUGCCAAUAUCAAAGUCACCUCAGUGAAAGCGAUUGUAACUGAUGCAAAUGAUGAAGAGCUUAAAACAGACACAACUUACAAUAUUGGAGCAGUAGGACCAACCAUCACCUGCCAGACCACCCCAGCACCAGAAUCUCUGGACCCUGUAAUGCCAAUAAUAUACGAAUUUUUAGAAGUGUUUAGUAGUAAGGUGAAACAAAACGGUACCUCAAAGACAUAUAAAGUGCCUACAACUGAAGCAAGUAGCUCAGUUUAUGAAUGCUCAGCCGCGUAUAAAGAAUAUACUGCAGUAAAGUCAGCAUUGACCAUACAAGUAACUGUCAAUCCUAGCUACCUGACGGCCCCUGUUUUAAUAAAGGCUAGUCUUCCUGCCAUAAGUAUAGGUUCAACCUUAAUUUUAUCAUGUGGCGGAUCAGUAGAUAAUACACUUACCUACACAUGGUUUUUUAACAACAAGUUCAUCGACGGACAAGCAGACUGGAAGAUCCAAUUAUACAAUUUCACAGUAGCUGACAUUGGAGAAUACAAAUGUCAAGCUUCAAAGAACCGGUAUACGACGGCUAAUUCGUCUUUUCAUGCUAUUAUGAAACCCACUGUCACCCGUGUUACUCCUGGAAUCAUCUAUCGUGCAGGCUGUGAUUACGAACUGAAAUGUAACACUGGCUCAAGUUUGACAGACGGUUGGAGCUACUCAUGGACAAAAGAUGAUGCCGUCACUCUGAUUGAAACCGACACAUACACAAUAACAAAAGCAGCUGCAGUAACAAAUGAUGGGAAAUAUACAUGCACUUCUACAUACAAUGGCGCGUUCAGCCACAGCGAUCCGUUUAUAAUUGCCAUCACAGCUGGAGCUUCGGCCUUACACUGUUGUUUCUUGAUGGUUAUGGUUGCAUCACUGUUAUCAAUUUUUUAG